AUGGCCUCCAACUUGUUGCUUGCGUGCGUGUUUCUCGCCAGUGUGUUGGUGGGUGGUGGUGGUCUGGCCAAUGCCAGUGCCAUCCCAUCGCCAUCCUUUCCGGCCAACAGUGGUGUGGCCAACAGUGCCUCCUCGGCGGAUGCUGGUCACCGACGAACUUCCUGUCUCGCGGUUCAUCCGAUCCUGAAGCAACGAGGCGUCGAUUCGGUCGAUAUGCCGAUUGAUCCACUUCCAGAUCUAGCUCUACGCCACUGCGAGGUACCGACCGGUGGUGGAACCUGCUGUACGCAAAUGACCGAACACAAGCUGGCCCUUCACGCGAAGACGACGCUCGAGCGCAACACCAAAGACAACAUCUCGAAGCUCUCAUCAGUGCUUGGAGCUCGAGCCCAGCGGUUCAACGAAUUCUUCGAGCAGCUACUCAACGAAUCGAAGCACGAGUUCCACGCAAUGUUCAAGCGCACGUACGGGACGAUCUACGAGCAGAAUUCGUACGUCUUUUCGGACCUGUUUGGGGAGCUGGAACGCUACUACUCACACGGCAAGGUCGACCUGUCCGAGACGAUGGAUCGCUUCUUUAACAUACUGUUUCAGAAGAUGUUCACCGUGCUGAACGCUCAGUACACCUUCGACAACAAGUACCUUGGUUGCGUUAGCGAACACAUGAAGGAGCUGAAACCGUUCGGAGACGUGCCAGACAAGCUGUCGGUGCAGAUCAAGCGAUCCUUCGUGGCGACUCGAACCUACGCACAGUCCCUCGCCUCUGCAGCUGAAGCCGCCCGGAACAUGGUCAAUGUACGUUUGUCGACGGAAUGUACGGCGGCUCUUACCAGGAUGAGCACGUGUAACGUGUGCGCUGGUCAGACGAAGAAACCGUGCCAAUCGUACUGCGUGAAUGUGAUGAAAGGUUGCUUCCCGAGCUUCGACGAGGUCGGUACGGAAUGGGACAUGUUCGUCUCAAAGAUGGAGCGUGUCUCGGAACGCCUGCUCGGUCCAUUCAACAUCGUCAUGGUGGUCGAACCGAUCAACAUCAAGAUUUCGGAGGCAAUCAUGAACUUCCAGGAAAAUGGAAAGGACAUCUCGGAUCGCAUCUUCCAAGGAUGCGGACAACCUUCGCUGGGUCGCAUGCGUCGAUCGCUAGACGGUGGCUCAAGCCAACAGUUUGCCCAAUCUCACCCAAUGAUGGCCACCGGACAACCGCAGCUUCCGCUGGUGGAAAGUAUCGAGCACCGGUCGGUUGUCGUCGCUAGUCCGGAUUCGUCCGAGGUUGACUCCCAGUUCACGUUCGAUGAAGAAGGCGAACAACAGGAUCUCCACGAAGAGAACGACGGAAUGAACGAGCAACGGAUCAGUAAACGAUCCGCCGGAGCCGGUCCCGGUGGUGAUUCCACGAGCCGGGAGCUCAAAUACGAACCACUGCAGUUCUCCGACGGUGAUGUGCAGUUCACAAACAGCAAUGGUCCUCCGGUAAGCGGACUAACGGGUUCAUCUUCCGGGCACCACGCAUCAGCCGGUAGUGGAAAUGGCAGCGGAGCAGGAGGACGAGCAAACCGACGAAAGAACAAGGGCGGCCGCAAACAAACGGACGACGAAGACGACCACAACAACCGUGACCCGAUGAUAGAUCGGUUGGUGAAGGACAUCCGCCAGAAGGUGACCAGUUCGAAGCGAUUCUGGACGCAACUACCGUACAUGCUGUGUAACAACGAGGAAAUUGCGGAACCACCAACGAACGAUGCCACCUGCUGGAACGGAACCACAAUCGAUCGCUACCAACCGACGAUCAUCGCCGGAGAAACGGACACAAACCCGGAGUUUCCCAAUCGAGUGUUUCAGGCGCGCCCAAGCACGAUCGUUCAGCAGCAGCUAUUUGUGUUGCGAACGGCCGUAAGCCACCUCAGCAAUGCUUACAUCGGUCACGACGUCGAAUGGAACGAUCAAGAGGACGGUUACUACGGCAGUGGAUCCGGUCAGGGCAGCGGUAUCGAUGAUGAAGACCACGACGGUUCCGGUACGGGUCUCUGGGAGAUCGAGGUACCGAACGAGCGGCGACCGGAACCGACCGGUGAAUUCAAACCGCCCAAGAUCUUCUUCGAUGGAGGUGGCAACGUCGGCGCAGGCGGAGGUCCUGGUGGUGAUUUUGGCAAUGGUGUCACCAACAACGACCUCGAUUACACGCACUCCCGUUCCGGUUUCACGCCCGGUCUGGCGGGAGGUGACACUGCAUCAGGUGGUGCCUCCGGUGCGAGUGGUACAAGCUCCGCCGGAAGUGGCACACCCGGAACCACGCCGGAAAUGUCGAUCGAACGAGCCAUGCUUGGGUUCUUCCUGCCCAUCGCGAUGGCGUGGUUCGGUGGAUUGAUUGCCGAUUUGCUGUGAUUUGUUGCCCAACUUCCCGAGGACCGCCGCAAGGAUGUGUCCAUCGAUUGCUGCACCCGGGCCGUGGAAGGGACACACAUCCGCUAACCAGGGGGUACCGGUGUCGGGUGUUGACUUUUGGGAAAAUUCGGUUCGCUCCACUUAAUCGCGAGUCCGAACCGAAUCUCUUGCUGAGGUUUGUUCCUUUGCCUGAUGACGCGGAUCACGAA